AUGGUCGGUCUCACCUGCGUUCCGCUUGUCAUCUUGGGUGGUUUUGUUCAUCUGCACAUUGUCAUUAUUAAGGAUCAGAAGAACAAAAAGGCGCAUGAGCACUCCACUCACCUCGCCUGCGAAGCUGCUGGUUCCAUCCGUACGGUUGCUUCUCUCACUCAUGAGAAGGAUUGCCUCCAUCUGUACAGCGAGUCAAUGGAGGGCCCGCUCCAGGAGUCCAAGACUAGCUCGUUCUGGUCCAACAUGCUCUACACGAUCACACAGAGUUUGGCACCUUCCAAUUCUUCGUUCCAGCUCUUCGUCACGCUCCAAAUGACUGUCUUCAGUUCCAUGCAGGCGGACAAUGUGGUCUUGUUUGUGCCUGACAUGUACUCUGCUUGGGGUGCUGCAGCGGACAUCGUCAACCUCCUGGACUCCAAGCCUAGCAUUGACGCCGACAGUACGGAGGGCAGCAUCCACUUCGAGAACAUCCACUUUUGGUACCCCACUCGUCCCGGUGAUGUGGAAAGCGUACGACCAUCCAGCUUGUUGAGCAGUUCUACGACCCACUUAUGGGCACCUGUCUACCUCGAUGAGCAGCCCAUCGAGUACCGCAAGCACAUUGCUCUGGCCUCUCAGGAACCAACGCUGUAUGCUAGUACCAUCCGCUUCAACAUCCUCCUUGGUGCAACGAAGCCUGCUAAAAAAAACUCAAGGCCGUCAUUACCAGACAGCUUCGACACCGAGGUUGGUGGUAAGGGCUCCCAGCUCUCCGGUGGCCAUUGCAAUUGCGCAGACAACUCGACCUUGGAGAAGAUUGUGCAGGAAGCACUCGACAGUGCUGCCAAGGGCCAGACAACGAUUGUGAUUGCACAUCGUUUACCAACCAUCCAGAAUGCAGACUGCAUCUGA